UGUCAAUCAGCCAGACAGCGCAACAGCUGUGGAAGUGCAGAGGUAAAAGCUCCUAGCUGUACGGGCUACCAGAGCAUCAGAGAGUGAAAAUGAGUGAAAGUCCGGAUUUUUGCGAACCUUUUCAGGACAGUAAGGCUGCUUACGUGCUUAGUAAUGUCGCCGAAGUGGUUGAGAGAGUUCUCAUGUUCAUACCAACCAAAUCACUUCUGCAGGUCGCCAGUGUGUGCAGAUUGUGGAGGAACUGUGCCCGCAGAGUGCUUCGGAUUCAGCAGCACCUGACCUGGGUGUCAGUCUCUGGACCCUCCACCACAGAGCUUCACUCUUUCUGCAGCAUCCUGGCUGAAGAAGUAGAGAAAGUAUUCCUCCUGCCCAAAACAGUUCUGAUGAUGGUAGACUGUGAGGCCUUGAGUGGACAAGCUUAUUGCUAUGAACAGAGCAAAGCAAAAAAGAGUCGCCAAUGUUCAAAUACAGCUGAAGAACUGAACCAGAUUUUCCCCAAAGGCUGUGACAUCGUUGGCAUUGCUACGCCGGGCAUAGUCUUGACUCCAACUGGUUCCUGGACCAGUCCUCCUAAGGAGCACCAGGAAGGGGAGGCAGGCUUUGCAGUCAUGUUUCCCAGCACUGAGGGUGUUCACAUUAAGCCCUUUCACUUUUGUAAGAAGACUAUCUCUUUGUCAGCCAUGAAAGAAGCAGGACUAGUUGACAACCCAGAGCUCCGCGUAGUGCUGCUGUUCAUCUAUGAAGCAUAUAAAUCUGGAGGAGCACGGUUCCUCAACCAGAUUCUUGAGCCACUGACAAACAGCAAGGCUUUAAUUGCAGGAGGGCUGGUGGAAGGCGUCUUCGCUCCUCCCAAGGACUGCUGCAGCAAGGGAGCAUAUGGUGUGAUUGGCCUGGCUCUGAGUGGCCGUAAAGUUCAGGCAGCAUCUGUGCUCCUGGACCAAGACGUUGGCAACGCAAAGGAAGCGGAAGCCACAGUCCGACGGCUAAAGGCAGCCAGGAUUCCCGAAAGAAACACCCUGGGCUUCAUGUUUGCCUGCGUGGGGAGGGGCCAGAACUACUACCACAACCAGCACAACGUAGAGGCAGACGCUUUUCACAAGGUCUUUCCCAAUACGCCACUGUUUGGUCUCUUUGGCAACGGCGAGAUUGGCUGUGACCGGAUCGUUAAAGACGACUACACCCUUUGCAACUCCGAGUCCGACACCUUGCAGCAUGAGUACACAACCGUCAUGACCCUGGUCCACUUUGGCUGCUGACUUUGGUAACAAGGAAAUAGAGGAAAGAAGUUGAAGUGUCAUGGUUCUGUUAACAACUACUUGGAGCAGCAAACAUUAGGUACAAAGUGUUACUUAGGAUAAAGCUGUCUUCAAUUAUGCUUACAAAGCAGGACAGUAAUCCCCUCUGCCAUAAAUGCUUGAUGGCAGCCCUUGGUCCAUUUCAAGUCUUUGUGUCUUUGUGAUUAAAGGAAUUUUCCACAGUGUACAUAAGAAAAACAAAUUCUGCUUAUCUUAGUAUGUUUGUAUUUUACAUCCCAAUUUUCUCGCACAUUCGAGGCAUAUUCUUGCUCCCUGACUGCACUUUUUGUUCAUGGCAGUAAAGAAAUUCGGUUUGUUUUUCCUCCACGAAAUCAGGGUAAACGUAAGUAUGUUUUACACAGUUUUGUGUCAGCAGUGUGAACCUGCAGAUUUUAUUUUGUUUUUGGUUCUCAUUUUGGGUCACAUCUGCUUGACUGGUUGUAUUAUCUCGGCUUCUGAAGCCUAAAGGAAGAAAAAAAAAAUGAUGCUGACCGUCAGAAUUUUGGCCUCUGUCAAGUUUUCUGCUUUAGAGUCGAGUUGUUGGGUAAAAACAGGUACACACGGAGGGUUACAGGGAAGAUUUCUCGGGUUUUUGAGUCACUCCAUGCUAGAUUAUUUGAAAUGAUUUUUUGUCCUGCAUGAUAAAUGGUUAGUUUGGCAUUUUCUUUUUAAUUUUUGGAUGCAAGUUGUAGAAAACACUCAUCUUUACAGAUGCCUCUUCAGUGCCUGGAUUUAUACUCCUUCAAACUCUUCACGCAACAGUGUAUGUUCUUAGGAUUGUAUGUUAUAAACCAACAAAAGCAAGUGUAUAAUUGUUAACUACAAGGACCAAAUUGCAUUGUUUUCAUUUUUUUCUUUAGUGAUGAAAAUUGAAAAGGUGUGGCUUACAUUUUUAAUCUGCCUCCCCGAGUUAAUAUUUUCCCUGCUAAUGACAACUUAAGUCUUAUGAUACAUCUCUACCAGCUUGUCCAUCUAGAUGCUGAAAUUCUUCUUUGCAACAUUGCUCAUCCUCAGUCAGAUAAGGUGGAGGGCAUCUCUGAAAAUCAAUCAAGGUUUUCAGCAGAUUCUCUGUUAGGUUUAGGUCUAGACUUUGACCCUACCAUUGUAACACAUAAGCUGUAAUGCGAUUGUAGCUCUGUCUAUGUUUUGCGUCAUUAUUCUGGUGUAAAGGGAAGCUACACCCCAGUCUGAGCUCUUAGGUAGCCUCCAAAAGGUUUUCUUCCAUUGUUGGCAUGCAAAUAUCUACAGCCAUCUUCCUGUCCUUGAAGAAGAAAAGCAUCCCUGUGGCAUGAUGCUGCCACCACCAUGCAGGGUGUUGUCCACCACCUAUAGAAUGUUCAAUUUUAGUCUGAUCUGACCAGAGCACCUCCUACCGCAUGUUGUUUGUGUCUUUGGAGUAUUGUUUGUUAACCUAAUCUUGCUUUAAACUUCACCACAUAGUCAUCUGUCACCUGUCUGGUGUGUUUCUUGGUCAUCAUGAUGUGUGUUCCCUAAUGUUCUCUAACAAACUUCUGGGGCCUUCACAGAGCAGCUGUGGUUAUUUAAACAUUAAACACAGGUGGACUCUGUUUACCAAUAGGGUGACUGUGUAAGGGAAUUGAUUAAACUUUGUUUUAUUUAGGGAAAUCAGAGUAAAGGGGGCUAAAAAUAAAUGCUAAUGCUUUUGGUUUUAAUUGUAAAAUAUGUUAAAAUGUAUAAUUUGCUUUAUAUUUCACAAUUAUUUGUUUCUUUCUGUAGGUCUAUGCUGUAAAAGUAAUAAAGUACAUUGGAGUUUGUACUUAGAGUAAAAAUAUGAAGCAAGCUGUAGGAAUAGCAUUGCAUUAUAUCUAAUAGCAUUGAGGCCACUAAAAAUAUGCUAAAUGCUAAACUUGGUCACAAAAUGGUGCAUUUCAUUAUAUAAUUCAAUAGAAUAUCCUUUAUUGUUUUUGUCAUAAGUACAAAGAAACUGAAAUAAGCUAUUUGUUUAAAACCUAAAAUAAAAAAUACAUUAUUACAUCUCCCUUUA